GGACUAGGCAACUGCAAGUACUUCCCCAAGGCCCCAAACUUUGAAUUGGCGGCAGUAGUGACCGCAAUACCACCAAGUCACCAUACUUUUUCACUCAAUAAUCUUAUUUUGUUCUUAAAAAUUACAUAUAUUCACUCAAUAAUUUACCAUACAAACUCAAUUCCCCCACUUACAAGAGUACCCACCACUGUACUAUAAUCUAUAGUGGGAUUUUUCAAUAAAUUAGGGUUCAUAUAAUUUGUUCACUGUAUGAUGGGAAUGGACGGAAAUUUCGAGCAAAUUCUACAUGAAGGCAAGCUCUUUCGCGAUGUUAAUGCAUUAAUUGUUGCUCAUCUUCGUGACAAUAAUCUCAAUCAGGCUGCUAGUGCUGUUGCUUCUGCAACUAUGACCCCAUUGAAUGUUGAAGUGCCUUCGCAUCGACUCCUUGAUCUAGUCUCUAAGGGUCUUGCAGUGGAGAAAGGUGAACCUAUUAAAGGGGUUUCUGCAUCCACAUUGUUUGAUUCUGGUCCUUCUGUACCCGCAACUUAUGGGGCAAUCCCAGUUCCACAAACUGCUUCUAUUGAUUUCAGCGUUGCACCGGAUCUGAAGGGCACAUCUAAGAGUUUUCCAGAGCAUGAGACAAGGCAUGUGUCAGAGCAUAAGAAUGCUGCAAGAUGUGCGAGAUUUAGUCCUGAUGGAAGAUAUGUAGCAACAGGAAGUACAGACACGUCCAUUAAGCUCUUCGAGGUUGCAAAAAUAAAGCAAAUGAUGCUACCAGAGGUCAGGGAUGGUCCGAUUCGACCAGUCAUUCGGACAUUUUAUGAUCAUAUUCAACCAAUAAAUGAUCUGGAUUUCCAUCCACAGAAUACUAUAUUAAUUUCCGGCGCCAAAGACCACACAAUAAAGUUUUUUGAUUUUUCUAAAACAACAGCAAAACGAGCCUUCAGAGUUAUUCAGGAUACUCACAAUGUGCGUUCAGUAUCAUUCCAUCCUUCUGGGGAUUAUCUUUUGGCUGGGACGGAUCAUCCAAUUCCGCAUUUGUAUGAUAUCAACACUUUCAAGUGUUACUUGCCAGCUGAUACUGAUGAUAUUGCUACUAAUGCAGCCAUAAAUCAGGUAAGGUAUUCUUCCAAUGGCGGCAUGUAUGUCACAGCAUCGAAAGACGGAGCUGUUCGAUUAUGGGAUGGUGUCAGUGCCAAGUGUGUGCGCCUCCUAGCAGGCGCACAUGGAGUUGAGGCCACAAGCGCAACUUUCACCAAGGAUCAUAGGUUUGUACUCUCAUGUGGCAAGGAUUCCACUGUAAAACUUUGGGAGGUUGGCACUGGAAGAUUAGUAAAGCAGUAUGUAGGAGCUACACACACGCAAUUGCGAUGCCAGGCUGUUUUUAGCUACACAGAGGAGUUCGUAUUGUCCAUAGAUGAACCAAGGAAUGAGAUUGUAGUCUGGGAUGCACUAACUGCGGCAGAAAUAACAAGACUUCGAUCAAAUCACGUUGGACCACCUCGGUGGAUCGAACACUCACCUAUAGAGGCCGCAUUUGUUUCUUGUGGGGCCGAUCGAUCUGUAAGAUUCUGGAAGGAGGUCCUCUAGCUUUUAGAAAAUAUAAAAAUCGCUCCCUGACAAUCAGGGAUAGGUGAUGUUCAGUUGAUCAUGCAAUAUGUGUUUUCAUGAUCCAUUCUUUUGUUUCGUUAAGUGUUAUAUCGUCCCAAAUAAUGUAUUUGUAUGAAGUUAAUUGUAUUCCUUUUGUUACCUAGCUUUUUAUGCUGUAAUAUCGAGUACUUCUAUGUAACAUAAACACAUCGACGAACAUAGAAUUUUCAUAUUUUUUGAAAAGCACUUCCAUCGGAAAAUCAGCAUAAAAGCAGUGAUGAUUGAUGGUGUACCAAAGACGUCCAAA